GUGCUGGGACAUCUGGGCACUGUCAGGCCUGGCUCCCGGGUCUCUCUGGACUCUAGGCCAUCCUCUAGCCACCCCGCAGCCCCCCCCCCCCAUACACCCUAGCACCGGGAGAGGGUGAGAUGACCUGCCAGGCCCUACCCCUGCUGCUGGUGGUGCUGCUGCUGGCCUCAGGCUCCUGGGCACAAAGCCAGAGGGAUGAGUUGGUGUGGGCCAUAGAGGAACAGGUACUGUCUGUGAAGUGCCCUUCCGCCCCUCUGCUAGGUGAAGAUCAGAACAAAACCUGGUGUAAGGAAACGAAACCGGGUUAUUGCUCGAAGUUAGUCACCCCCACCAGUCCCCAGGUAAUGGCCCAAAGCCCUCCACACUUCAUCUGGGACAACCCUGCUGCUGGCUUCUUCAUUGUCAUCGUAACAGAGAUCACGAAGAAGAGUUCAGGAGCCUACCGGUGUGGAAUAGACAGAGGUUCUGCGGGAGGCAUCAUUGUUCUCAAAAACAUCAGCCUGGUGGUGACUGCGAUGACAAGCAGUUCAACCUUCAACAGUGGCUCUGAGGACUGCACACCUGACAACACUUUCAUGGUGCUGUUGUGUGGACUCCUUGUGAUCAAGAUCCUGGCUUUGACAGCCCUCCUCUUGUUUCUGACCUACAGAGCCCAGGUCUCCACCGGCAUUGUGGGAAUAGCAGUAGUGGCUGCCCCUAGCCCCACUAAGACCCCAGGGCCCUUGAGAACUCCCCACUGAGACUACAGUCUCCCCACCUCCUUUUGAUCCUCCACGACCACUGAAACCUGGGGCCUCCGAGAAAAAGCCUUUCCUGUGCUUCCGGAAGACACCUCCCAGCACCUGAAUGUACCACUGUAGAAUCUACCACCUCUCACCCCAGAGCUGAGGACCCCCACAUUGCCUUCUCCAACGCCACGUCCACAAAGCGGGAACCCACCACCUGUGAGACCCUCCCUAUGCAUCCAGUGGACCAAACCCAAAUGGUAAGCACCCUCCCCCUAACCUGUGCCUCGCCCUCCUCUCCUGGGUUACCUGUUUCUCUGCCAGCUCGUGAUUCAGCUGGUCACUGAAUGCCCACUGCAGUUAGCUUUGGUUCCUGUUUCUCCCCAUAUGGGAAAUAACCUUCGUUCAUACCAUAUACAAAUAUAAUAUUUACUAUUUCCAAAAAUGACACAAAUUUUAAAAGUGUAUGACCAUGAAUGAAAGACAUUUCCAUCUUAUAUGUUGGAUAAAAGGGUCAAUAGCAAACAUCUUCUUUCUCUUAAAUAAAUAAAAAUCAUGCAAACGUUUCCAUUUGAAAAAGGGCCAAGGCUGUGAACAAUUCAUUCAUUACAGACUAAGGAACAAAUAUGUAUGAACGUGUGUCCAAAAUGGUUGAUAAUCAAAGAAAUGAGAAAUGAAGUCAGACCCCAUGCUUUGCCUAUGAGUUCAAAGAUUAAAAUAAAUGAUAAUCACAUUCCGGGCUGGAAAUGUGUAGGGAAAAGGGAGUUCUCAUGAAUUGUUGGAAGAACAUAAUUGAUAGCCUCUCUCUGGAGGGGCAGUAUGGUGAUGAAUUAAAAGGCAGAACAAGUAAUUUAUUUAUCCAUUCCCCUG